GAUCCUCAAGAUAGAGCAGAAGGAAUUCGUACUCCAUUUAUCACUCCAUGGAGGACAACUGUUAAGGCAAUAACAAUGACAGUGGGGGAACUUGAUAUGGAUUCAUUAUUACGACAGAAUUAUCAAGUGAAUGCCCCUGAUGUACAGUAUCCAGUGGUUGCAUUUUCAUUGGUAACUGUGUUUGUGAUUUUAAUGCCAAUUCUAUUCCUUAAUCUAUUGAUUGGUUUAGCUGUUGGUGACACUGAUGAAAUACAACAAUCAGCUGAUACUUACAGACUAACUCUGAGGGUUGAAUUUACACUACCUAUUGAGCAACUUCUAAGAACAUUUAGAAGCUAUAUUGAUAAAAAGGGACAGCUAAAAAAAGUUUCAUCUUUGUUAGGAAAGUUUGUAGCUGUUACUAAAACUGAUAAACCAAACAAACAUAAUUUCUUGAAACGAAAAAUUGAUGAGAUUGAGAAAUCUAUUAAAACUGAACCUCCAGCAACUCUAGCUGAUGUUAAAAAUCAAAGCAAAUCAUUAUCUGAGGAAAUGAAGAGCCUACAUGGUUCAGUAUCUCGGGAGGUCAAGGAACUACGCAGUUUAGUGGCUCAAUUGCUAACUACUGUUAACAGUCAAAAUGAAAGAGGAGGAGGAGGAGGAGGAGGAGGAGAAGUGGGAGGAUUGGAAGAGGAAAAUAAUUCUGCUUAG